GUCAAUACGCAUGCGUUUGUUUACACUGCUGUCAUCCUUGCGUUGAUUUCACUGAAGGGAACAGUCAGGCUGAAGUCAUGGACAGCAGUGAAGCUCCAGCUCAGAGGCCUGUUACUCUCGAUAUAGAUGGAGCAGGCGAGUCUAAGACACUUGAAUCACCUGCCCUGCCCCAGUCUGAUCUCUCAGGCCAGUCUCACCCUACAAAUGCCCCCUUCCAAGAGGAAAGCAUCGACCUGGACACUGAAGCGUUUGUUUCACCUCAGGAUGACAGAGCUAACUCUGAGAGCUUCAUAGAUAAGCUGAAUGACCAGAUGAUGGAGAGCGUGAUGAUUUCAGAUUCACCCAACAGCGAGGAGGAUGACAUCGUUCACAUUGACAUGCUGUUGGGGCAGAAUGAAGUUGGGGAGAACUUUGAUUCUAAACAUCCUGAUGGAGAGACAAGAAGAGAAGACGGAGGGGGAAAGACUGACAAUGCCACCCGUGCUAAUGCUGCUGAACCCAAGGAGGCAUGUACACCUUUAUUUAAAGAUGAAAAAGAGGAGGAGAAAAAUAUGGAGGCUCCUCAGACAGAUGAAAGAGAAAAUGAUGCCCAUACUACCCCAGACACCCCCAGAUCUGAGAGUCCCAAAACUCAGGAUACACCUCUUGAGAUAGGUACAGGUACGACCCCCAAAGAGAAGCCCAUCCCAGUGUGUACUAUCUUCAGCCAGGGUGUGCCUCCCAAAACACAAGCCCUGAUACCCGACGGCUUCCAGCCCACCUUGAUCAAGUCCCCAAGCUUUACCAUCAGCAACACAGAAACCCCAAAAAAACUCAUCCCUCAAGUGUGCCAGCCCAGUCCCAGCCUUAGUAAGUUCUUCAUGGAUAGUGGUGCGGUCAACCCCGCCUCGGAUUUCUAUGAUUCUUUCACAACCUCUACGUCUUUCAUAUCAAUCAGCAACCCAAAUGCAGAGUCACCCAAGGGAGCGGUCCCUUCAGAAUCUCAGCUCUUGUCUGGCACCAGCAGUGCACCUGAUUCUGGAGCCCUGGAGGCUCUGCCCGCCAGCACAUACUUCAGCCCGGUUCCGAAGCCUCAAGCAAUUCCUGUGGACACUACGGCAUCUAUGAGCAAGCUCCAGGCUGUGUUCUCAGGUGUUGAUGACCUCUUCGCAAGCGCACUGAGCACCAGUGAGGUGGAUAAGCGCUAUGAUGCAUGGCUUCCCUCGGAGGAGACGAGGAGAGUACUGAUAUCAGUGGCCACACAGCAGGUUAACCCAGUGCAUAUUGAGAGAGAGCAGCUGGCCAUGCCCGGACUCAAGUUUGACAACCUGCAGAGCGAUGCUGUGAAGGAUCUGAUGCAGCGCUUUCUGGGUGACCAGGCGGCCGUGAAGAGACAGGUGCUCUCAGCCAAUUCAGUGGAGCAGAACUUCCUGGGUCUCAAACGGCUAAUUAGCACUAAGAACUGGAGGGCAGCUGUGGAUUUGACAGGCAGACUGCUGACAGCUCACGGUCAGGGCUACGGCAAGAGCGGACAGCCCACCAACCACACCACAGACUCCUUACAGCUGUGGUUUGUGCGUCUGGCUCUUCUGGUAAAGCUGAACCUCUUUCAGAAUGCUGAACUGGAGUUUGAACCCUUUGGAAAUCUGGAUCAUCCUAACCUGUACUAUGAAUACUACCCGACUGUAUACCCCGGAAGACGAGGUUCAAUGGUGCCAUUCUCUAUGCGUAUCCUGCAUGCUGAGCUCCCUCAGUACUUACAGAAGCCGCAGGAAACUCUGGACCGCCUGCACAGAAUAAAGAGCGUCUGUCUGAAGAUCCUGAGUAACCUGCAAGAGGGUUUAGCUGAGGACGGCAGUAUGGUGAACCUCAAACAGCAGAACAGACAAGCGUCGCUGCAGCUGUGGAGGUCUCGUCUGAGCAGGGCGAUGUACUCCAUGGCAAACUGUCUGCUGAUGAUGAAGGACUAUGUUCUGGCAGUGGAGACAUAUAAAUCCAUUAUCGAGUAUGAGCCAGAGCAAAAAGUGCAGCUGCUGAGUGGAAUCGGACGCAUUUUCUUACAGAUCGGCGACAUCAGAACUGCUAAGAAGUAUUUUCAGGAUGUGGAAAAGGCCUGUCAAUCAAAGGGAAUAACACCUAAUGAAGACACCUCAGUUCUGAUGAACAGGGCUUUUGUUUAUCUCAGUCAGAAUAAUUAUACAGAUGCACACACGUGUUUUUCCAGCACCUUAAAAACUGAUCCCAAGAACCCUGUGGCAAGCAACAAUGCUGCUGUGUGUCUGCUCUAUUUGGGAAGGUUAAAGGAGUCCCUAGGUCAGCUGGAGAGCCGUGUGCACCAGGACCCAGCACUCUACUUGCACGAGAGUGUGCUGUUCAACCUCACCACCAUGUACGAGCUGGAGUCGUCCCGCAGCAUGCAGAAGAAACAGGCUCUGCUCGAGGCCACGGCCUGCCGAGAGGGAGACAGCUUCAACAUCCAGUGCCUCAAGCUAGUAUGAGACACCACAAAGACACCCACAAUCCAACACGUAGGACAUUACUUGAAGUCGGGCAUGAAUGUACAUGUGGCUGUAGUGAAAACACUGUUCAUCUUUUGUAUUUGAAGCUUUUAGAAAAUGAUGUUUGUUAUUCCUACAGUGUACAGGCAGGACCAAAGGUAACUUGUUAACUCGAUGUUUGACAGAAAAAAAGGGUUAAGCACCUUACCAAUUCUUCAAGAAUCACGAUAAAUGCUUUUUAAAUGCAUUAAAUGAUUGUUUUCAUAAAGUGAAAACUAAUUACAACUGUUCUGUGUAAUUCUGAAUUUAAAAAAAGGAGAUCUUGUUAAUAAAUGUUUGA